CAAACAAAAAAUAAAACUUUCUGAAGAUUUUGAUAAAAUUAUGAAUGAUUUACGUAAUCAAGUGAAAAAAUGUGAUAACGAUAACUGUAUCGAAGAAGAAUAUAGUUCAAUCACUCAAGCAUAAGUCGCGAAAAGUAUAAACAACCCGAGAGCUUCAGCUCUUAUAUGUUUUCAAUGAGCCCUUUCGUACAAAAAUAUUAGAUUACUUGUUUCUCAUUGUUUUUGCGUUCAAAACUGAUUGCAUGUAAUCAUGUAAAAACUUUCCUCAAUACAAGAGCUAUGUUUUCAAGCAGUGGUUAUCUUAUUGACGAUCCAAAGUACUCAUUUUUGAAAACCGAUUUGAAAUUGGAACGCACAAAUCCUGGUGUAUAUAAUGGAAAAUGGUAUGGAAAUGGUCCUGCCGUCAAGUCAAUUGACCCUGCAACUGGCAAAGUUAUAGCCGAAGUGUCCACCGGAACCGUUCAAGAUUAUGAUGAAUGUGUGAAAGUAGCCGUUGAUGCUUAUAAAACAUGGAGCACCAUUCCAGCCCCUCGAAGAGGUGAAAUAGUACGUCAAAUCGGAGAUGAGCUGCGUCAAAAGUUAGAUCCAUUGGGGAAAUUAGUUUCAUUAGAAAUGGGAAAAAUACUGCCAGAGGGUGUGGGUGAGGUGCAGGAAUUCGUUGAUAUUUGUGAUUUUGCCGUUGGUUUAUCACGAAGUUUUGCUGGUCAAGUAAUACCGUCAGAGCGAUCAAAACAUGUUAUAUUAGAGAAAUGGCGUCCACUUGGUUUGGUUGGAAUAAUUAGUGCCUUUAAUUUUCCGUGUGCCGUUUAUGGUUGGAAUGCAGCGAUUGCGCUCACAGUUGGAAAUAGUGUUUUAUGGAAAGGAGCUGACUCCACGCCAUUGAUUUCGGUUGCGACAACAAAAAUUGUGGCCGAUGUAUUCGAAAGAAAUAAUUUGCCAUCGGUUGCAAAUCUCUGUCAAGGCGGUGUCGACAUUGGAAAGGCAAUGGCAAAAGAUGAAAGAGUUAAUUUGUUAAGCUUCACUGGCAGUACUGCCGUUGGACGAGACGUGGGAGUCGAGGUGCAAAAACGUUUUGGAAAAUCUCUCCUUGAGCUAGGUGGCAAUAAUGCAUUGAUUAUAAAUGAUGACGCAAACUUUGAAAAUGCUUUAGACGCCGCCUUCUUCGGCUGCAUCGGAACAGCCGGACAACGUUGCACUACAACCAGACGUCUUAUUGUUCAUGAGAAAUUAUACAACGAUUUCUUAAAGGAAUUGAAAAAGAAAUACAAAUCGCUGCUGAAACGAGUUGGACAUCCAUUAGAGUCAACGACUUUGUAUGGACCUUUGCACAAUCAAAUCGCUGUGAAUGAAUACAAAAAUACAAUUUCCGAAGCCGUUCAACAAGGAGGAAUCAUUGAAUGUGGUGGAAAACAAAUCGACAGAGAAGGAUACUUUGUUGAACCAACAAUUAUCUCAAACUUACCACAUGAUGCUGAAGUCAUUCAAAAAGAAACAUUUGCACCAAUCGUUUAUGUGCUGAAGACCGAGAGUCUCGAUCAAGCUAUUGAAUGGAAUAAUGAAGUCAAUCAAGGCCUCUCAUCUGCACUUUUCACAAAAAAUAUUUCAUCCGUAUUUCAAUGGAUUGGACCAAAUGGCUCCGAUUGUGGUUUAGUAAAUGUCAAUACAUCGCCAUCGGGCGCAGAAAUCGGCGGUGCAUUUGGUGGGGAAAAACACACCGGUGGAGGUCGCGAGUCAGGGUCAGACUCAUGGAAACAAUACUGCAAACGAUCAACUGUCACCUUGAACUACUCGUCGGAGCUUCCAUUGGCACAAGGUAUUGUCUUCGAUUAAACAAACAUUGUGAUCUUUUUGAAAAUUUUGUACGAUUUUGAAAAUAUUUUUGAAAUAAAUGGAAUAAACUAGAAAUACUUAUCAAAA